AUGUUGACGCAUCCGGCGAAUGUCAUCAAUACGCAAUCAAACUCCUGCUGUGACUCCUAUUCGCGGUGCUGUUCCCUAGAGGCGGAGGUAGAGGGCCUGCGGAAGGAGUUGGCAGACCGCGAGGCGAAGCUCACCGACGUCCAACUCCAGGCUCUCGCAUCGGCGCAUCAAGUGGAUCAGCUGCGAGACCAGAUGACCCUCAUGUUCCAGCAACUCAACCUUCUUCGAAAGGACAACGAACGUCUACAAACGUCUGUCUCUUCCGCCACGGCAUCCACCCACUUCACCUCCUAA